AUGGGAAACUUGAAUAGUCAACCAACAAGACACACACCAGUCAGUAUUUUCUAUCUGGCAUGUCGCUCUGGUGAUAUUGAUAUGGUAAAACGAAUGUUAACAACAAUGAAAUUGAAAGAAAUAAAUCGUUUAGAGUCCAAUGGAAGUACAGCAUUACAUGUUGCUGUUUGGUAUGGUCAUCUUGAAAUUGUUGAAUUGCUUCUUAAACAUGGAUGCUCGACUACAACCAUUAAUAAAUAUGGGAAAACUGCAGUGGAAGAAUGUCGUGAUGAACGAAUUCGUCAGGUAUUACAAUCAUCUCUAGUGAUUUGUGAUAAUAAUGAACGAAGAAAUAAUCAAGUAUGUCAAUUAAAGUGGUGGCAAAUUUAUGAAAAUAUUAAUAACGAAGACAAAUCCGUUCUAGCCACAAAGAUAAUGAAGUUACGUCUCACUACGUAUUUAAUCAAUCAGUUUAAAACGAAUGAAGCUAGUCGAACAGAUCACAUAAAAAAGAUCGUUUUUCAAACUUACGAUACAAAUUAUUGGGGACGUGAUUCAGCAGUAUUAUCUAUUCUUGAAAAAUUUGAAAAAACCGAUGAUCUGAAGUAUUUAAUUAUUCUUCUAUCAAAGCUGACUCCUUUCUUUAAGUAUAUUUAUCAUAAAGAAGAUGAAAUGUUUGUUAUGGAACUACUCAUCGGUUUAUCCGAGUUCAAGCAUAGUUUUUUCGUCGGACGUGCUUAUCGAGGAGAAAUUCUAACUACGACUGAACUGGAUUUUUAUCUUUGGACAUACCAUCAUCGAGCAAGCUUUAUUGAAAUGCGCAGAAUUAAGUGUGCAAGUAAAUCUCGUUCAGUCGCAGAACGGUAUAGUACGCGCUCUAAUCUUUAUGAAGAUAAAAUCAGUACACUUUUUAUUAUUUAUUUCAAUGAACCGUGUGAAACAACAAUAGAUAACAGUGAGUUUUCCGGAUUCCCUGAUGCACAAGAGAUUUUCAUUAUACCUGGUACAUUUUUUGAAGUAACAUCCGUUAAAAAACCGUCAACUACUAAUGGUUCGUCUAAUAUGGCCAUUAUCGAACUGAAAAAUAUAUCUGUAUCACGUGAUAUUUUGCUGAAAUCGAUAAAUGAACUUAAAAAAGCCUCUACGAGAACACCAGUCAUAACUUCGAUGUAUGAAGCACUCGCUAAAAUUUAA